AUGGACUUCUUCAACAACUCGUCAAAAGCAAACACCUCCCCUUCUUCUUCAUCAAAGACCAAAAGAAAGCAACAAAACCAGCAAACCCAACAACCUCAGCAGCAGCAGGAGACGAGGUUUCUGGGAGUGAGAAGAAGGCCGUGGGGCAGAUAUGCGGCGGAGAUAAGAGACCCUUCUACCAAAGAGAGGCAUUGGCUCGGAACAUUCGACACCGCCGAGGAGGCCGCCUUGGCCUACGACCGAGCUGCUCGCUCCAUGCGCGGCUCCAAGGCUCGAACCAACUUUGUCUACUCGGACAUGCCGCAUGGCUCGUCUGUCACCUCCAUUAUCUCACCCGACGAAUCACAGCGUGACAUGUCAGCCUUCUUCGCUACCCCACUCCAGCCCCAACCCCAAACGACCAAUCACCAGCAGUCGUUCUUUACUCAGGACCCAUUUGACGCAUACCCGUAUUCUGGCGGGUUCGGAAGUGGGUCUUACGGGCCAGUUUCGGGUGGUGAUGAAUCCGGGUCUGGGUCUGGGUCUGGGUCUGGGUCUGGGUCUCACACUGAGCUACCACCUUUGCCUCCAUGUGUUUCUUCCACUUGUUAUGGGCCUGACGGAGUUAUGGGCUCUGAUAUGGAUAUGGGCUAUUUCGGGUUUUCGGAGCCCACAACAAAUAAUGGGCUUGACCCAAUGAUGAAUGGAUCCUACAUGGGCUUUGACUCGAACGAGUUUGUGCAGCACAGCCCACUGUUUGGGAGCAUGCCACCUGUUUCGGAUGCGGGUGUUGAUGGGUUUGAUUUGGGUUCAUCAUCUGCUUAUUUCUAUUGA